CAUUCUCCCUAACCGUUGGGGUAAAGAUCUCAGCCAAGAGGCAAGAAAAAAAUUAGUUAUAGAAGAAUGUUGAAGGAAGUGCUCUUCCUAGUUCUGGCGGCACUAUGCUUGUCGGACGCCGUCAGUAUUAAAAGUCACAUUGCUGACAUAAAUUUUGUUCAAAAGCAAAAGAAGAUCCAUGAAUUGCUGCUUUUCGUGAAACAGAACGUUCUAACCGACGUUGAAUUUUACACUAUUGGACGUAACUAUGAAAUCGAGAACAAUAUGGAAAUGUACAAGGACAAGGAUGUCGUCAAAGAGUUCCUUCAUUAUUACAAGCACGGCGUGCUUAGCCGCGAUGCUAUCUUUUCGCCAUUCUACGAAGAGCACCUUAACGAAAUGAUCCUAUUGUUCAAACUCUUCUAUAAUGCAAAAGAUUUCGAGAUCUUCUACAAAACCGCUGCAUGGGCACGUCUUUAUAUGAAUUCCGAAGUUUUCACGCAAGCCUUUUACGUUGCCGUUUUCUAUAGACCCGAUUGCAAAUACAUUAUUCCCAUGUCACCUUAUGAAGUAAAUCCAAAUUAUUUCUUCGACUCAAAUGUCAUUCAGGAGGCACAGCGCAUCAAAAUGAUGCAUGGUCUAACUUCUACUGGUAACAUGAAUAAUACGGACAUUUACGUAAUCUACAGUAACUAUACCAAUACGUUCUCCGAAGAAAAUAAAUUAGACUACUUUAUGGAAGAUUUCAGUUUGAAUAGCUUCUAUUUCUACUUCCGCCAGAUCUUCCCAUUCUGGUUGAAUAGCAAGGAAUACAACAUUCCUCGGGAAUAUCGUGGUGUUUUCUACUUAUAUAUCCACCAGCAACUGAUCGCUCGUUACUACUUGGAACGUUUGUCAAAUGACUUGGGUGAGAUCGAAGAUUUUAACUUGCAAAAACCGUUCUAUCCAGGAUUCUAUUCUUCCAUUGUAUUUGGUAACGGUGUUGUAAUGCCCCAACGCAAAUCUUAUUACAAUGUACCUUAUUACAAAUACCAAUAUUUAACGGAAAUGGAUCUUCUAGAACUUCGUUUUAUGGAUGCCAUUGAUUCUGGAUUAGUUUUAGACAGCAAUGGUAAAUUUGUGAACAUCUACACUCCCGAAGGAUUGAACAUUCUUGGUAAUCUAAUUGAGGGUAACUCUGAUACCUGUAACCUGCAUUACUACGGAAUGUAUGAAAUGUUGGCAAGAAAUAUUUUUGGAUCCAACUUCGAUUAUGCGGACAAAAAUAAGAUCGUGCCAAGUGCUAUGCAAUUUUACAGUACCAGCCUGAGGGACCCAGCUUUCUAUGCUCUCUUUAAUAAAAUUAGUAAUUACGUAGACAGAUACAAGAAACAUAUACCAGCCUACUCCUACAGCGAACUCAACUUCCCUGGUGUUAAAAUCGAAUCCGUCAAUAUAGACAAACUAUGGACUUACUUCGAUUACUGUGACGCGACAAUCAACAAUGCCGUAUUCUUUAACAGUUUCAAAGAAGGGUCAUCCUUGCAUAUCAAGGCUCGUCGUUAUUGUCUCAAUUACAAACCGUUUACUUACCGUCUAAGUGUAAAUUCCGACAAAGACGUCAAGGCCAUAGUCAAAAUUUUCCUUGGACCUGCCAUAGGUCAAGAUAUGAGUUACCUCAAAAAAUACUAUAAAUACUUCGUAAUGAUGGAAGAAUUCGAUGUGUUACUAAAGCAAGGUAUGAACAACAUCGAAUAUGCAAGCAAUGAAGCUACUUACAGGAUGUCUAGCGAUAAACUCUACAAAAAACUCCAGAACGCUGUCAGUGGUAGCGAGCCAUUUACCUAUUACGAGAAAGUCUACGCUUAUCCUGAACGUCUAACUCUUCCUAAGGGUAAACCCGAGGGUAUGAAAUUCAAGAUGUUCUUCUAUCUGAGUCUAUAUGACGAAUCGAAAACGAUGAAUAUCGAACUACCUAUCUUCGGUAAGAUGAUUUACGAUGGCAAGCCAAGCGGUUUUCCUCUUGAUAGACCAAUGUACACCUGGAAAUCCUUUACUCCUAAUAUGUACUUCAAAGACGUUUAUAUCUAUAACACAAAGGAUUCCGAAAAGUUCUCUCACUACUUCGAUUUUUGUGCGUUUUCUGGAGUAUUCUACAAGAAAUUAAAACGGAUUAAUAAGAUCAUCGACAUAUCACAAGGUCUUACUUAUAUAUUAUGUCAAAGGCAUCUCCGACAGGGAAACACGAACGGAUCGUACUUACGGCACAGGAGAAGAAUUUUAAACAGGGUAAGAGGGAAAGGUCAUAACAAAAUGAAGGUAGUUCUAAUCCUUUUGGGAGCGUUUUGCUUAGCAAACGCUAGCCAAGUCUAUACCGCCGACCAAUCAUACCUAAUCAAACAGAAGAAUAUUUACGAGUUAUUUUGGCACGUCGAUCAGCCGACGGUUUAUUACCCAGAACUUUACGAAAAGGCUCGUUCGUUCAGCGUUGAGGAUCACAUCAAUUCCUACACAGACAAGACUGUAGUGACCGAAUUUCUCCGACGCUGGAAACAUGGAAUGUUGCCACGAGGCCAAGUUUUCUCCAUCAUGUAUCCUCACCUUCAUGAAGAAGCAGUUUGUUUGUUCAACCUCUUAUAUUCUGCUAAGGACUUUGACACUUUCUAUAACACUGCAGUAUGGGCACGAUUCAAUAUGAACGAGCAUAUGUUUAUUUAUGCUCUUAGCGUUGCCGUUCUUCAUCGUAGCGAUACACAAUACGUUCGUCUUCCACCUCUAUACGAAGUCGUACCAAAUUUAUUCUUCAACGAAGAUGUCUUAUAUAAGGCACACCAUCUUGGAAUGGGUGAUACUAAUCUAAAGAAGACUGACAAUGGUGUUAAUCAUUACGUGAUUCGCAGUAACUAUUCUAAUUGGUAUUUAGUAAGGAACAAUCUACCAGAACAAAAGCUGAGCUAUUUCACCGAAGAUGUUGGUCUUGGACAAUUCUAUUUCAUGAUUAAUCACGAUUUUCCUUACUGGAUGAACAGCGUUCAAUAUAAAUUACCUACCAAUGUCCGAGGUGAAAUGUACUUGUUUGAACACAAACAAUUAUUACUCCGUUACUAUUUGGAAAGAUUAUCGAAUGAUAUGGGCGAAGUUGACUACGUUGAUUUUCACCAACCAAUUGUUACUGGAUACUACCCAAGAAUGCAGCAUCGCAAUGGAAUGCAAUUCCCUCAGCGUGAAACCGAUGCUGUGGUACCACUUCACAUGCAUAAAUAUGUACAGGAAGCUGAACAUCUUGAAAGUCGUAUUGCCGAUGCCAUUGAUUCUGGUUUCGUUGAAGAUGUUAAUCAUCAACACAUAAAUAUCUACACUCAGGAAGGUCUCAAUGUUCUCGGUAACAUCAUUCAAGGAAACGCUGAUGCAGUAAAUCCAAAAUACUAUGGACAAUACGACGUCCUUUGUAAGAAGAUCUUCGGAUUUAGUGUGCAACCCAAUACCAAAUACCAAAUUGCUCCUAGUGCAUUAGAAAUCUUCAGUUCAAGUACAAGAGACCCUGUCUUGUAUAGCAUAUAUAAGAACGUCGUCACCUACUUCUUAAAUUACAAGAAGCAUAUGCCUAGCUAUACACAAGAAGAACUUGGUUUCCCAGGUGUCGUGAUUGAAUCUGUUGCCGUAGACAAAUUGAUGACAUUCUUUGAUCACUUCGAAUCCAUGCUCAACAAUGCCGUUUCUAUUCAAAAUCACAAAGAUGCGCAAUCCAUGUUGAUCAAGGCACGUCAAUAUCGUCUCAACCAUAAGCCUUUCACUUAUCAUAUUACGGUAAACAGCGAAAAGGUCGUUAAAGCUAUGGUGCGUGUGUUCCUUGGACCCAAAUAUGAUGUAUAUGGCCACGAAUUGGAUAUCAGCGAGAAUUACAUGAACUUCAUGGAAUUGGACCAAUGGAUGGUCGAUCUCAAAGUUGGUACCAAUAAGAUCGAACGCAACAGUCACGAAUCGAUCUAUGUUGUUUCCGAUGAUGUUCCUAGUGAUGUUUACUACAAGAAAAUAGUGAAUGCCAUGGAUGGUUUGGAACCAUUAACUUACACCACGAAACUUUACGGAUUCCCAGAUCGUCUAAUGCUUCCUAAGGGCAAGAAAGAAGGCAUGCCAUUUAAACUUUUCGUACACAUCGCGCCAGUUGACGAAACCAAAUCCUUCAAGGUUAACACACCAAUUUGGGGAACUUCUACUAUGGAUGGACGCCCGAUGGGUUUCCCACUGGACAAACCAGUUCAAGCGUACAACUUUACUUUAUCUAAUCUUCACUUCAAGGAUGUCUUUAUCUUCCAUAAGCAAUUCGAUGAAAUGAACGUUACCCUCUAAAAUAUUCUUAAUUAAAUUGUUUGAAUGUUUCAUAAGAGAUACAUCAAAGAGAAUCAAAGAAAAAGACUGCGGAGUUCUUACUAAAAGCACAUGAAAUAUUUAUCUUUGUUAAUUUCUUGUAUAGAACGUUGAAAUGUUUUCAAUAAAAUUUUCGAUUUAUAAUUGACAUCUAAAAA